CAAAGUCACAAGUACUCCCUCCCAGAGCCGACCUGUGGGGCGGGCAAGGCUCAAAAGCGAGCGCCCUCGUGCGGCAGGCGACAGACGGGCAGCCCUCGCGCGACCGCCAUGAGCACGGCUGUGGACGCGUGCGCACGCGCGUGCUCGUGCUCGUGCACGGACGAGUGCAGGUGCGAGCCGGCGUACGUGGGGAGGGCCCGCUACGACGGGGUGGCUGCGCGCGAGGCCGAGGAGUUCUUCAAGGACGAGGACUUCCCCGUGGGGGAGCCCACCCUGGCGGGCGACGUGCCCGAGGGCGUGCUCUGGAGGCGACCACACCUGAUACCCGAUGGAUUACAACUGAAACCUGGCGGUUCGGAAAAUAAGUACACCGGCAAAGUUACAAUUCGUCUUUGGGCGAGUGGUUCUAGAUUUGAUAUGAAAAUCGAUGAUCGAUUACCAGUUAUGAAUACCAAAGACGGUUUAAAACUGGUGUUUGGUGCUUGCAAAGAGACUUCUGAAUUUUGGCUUCCUUUGGUUGAAAAGGCCGUUGCUAAAUACCAUCGAGGAUACAAAAAUCUACAAGGAGGGCAAAUAGCUGUAGGGUUAAUGAUCCUUACAGGUUAUUCAGUAAACAAAAUAAAAUUGGUUAAAACUAAACCCACAGAAAAUUUGUUUACGUUUUUGCAGAAAGAGUUGGCCCGAAAAUCUUUAAUUACGGCAGUCGGAAAAACUAAAGAGCUAAUCCGGAUAUCAACAAUGGCCCUCGAGAAUAGACGUGAUGGCGAAGAGAGUGCAAAUGAAAGCAUGAACCACAGCUACACGGUAAACAAGGUGCUGCAGUUGUCUGACAGCAGGCAGCUCCUCCGCAUCCGCAACCCCUGGGGCACGGAGACGGACUGCACCGGCAAGUUCCGCAUCACAGAGGACGUCCUCAGGGAUCUUCCUUCCGCCAUCCUCGACGAGCUGUUACAGUGCCCUUGCAGCGAUGGCGAGUAUUGGCUCGACGAGAAGGGCUUUUAUGACAAAUUUUUGGAAUUGUGCGUCGCCAAUGAGUAUCCUUCGGUCUCAAGAAACAAAUUAGUGCCUUCUACAAACGUCGUAUCUGGUAGAGGAAUGUGGGUUGGCAAAACUGUUGGGGGUCCUCCUGGCAGUAAAACCUUUGAUAAUAAUUGUCAGUUUUUGUUUCAAAUCGACAUUGAAGACAAAGAAUCAGUGAAGGGAAAAGUCCCGGUGCUGUUGGAGCUAAUUCAAGAUUUGCAUCGGAAAUCCUCCCCAUAUAAAUCGGGAAUGCAAAUUUACACGCUAAAGGGGAAGCUGGCCACGUGGCAGGCGGUGGGUGCACCCCUGGUGAAGCGCUACUCGUGGGCGCAGCUGAGGAACAGCUCGUACGCGCAGUCGGCGGCGGCGGCGGAGUGCGGCGUGGCGCAGGCGUGCGUCGUGCGUGGCUACUUCGAGCUCACGCCGCACGCCCCGCACGUGGCGGUGGCGUGGGUGCAACGGGGCGUGCCGGCCGUGGGCUUCCUCUUGCGCGUGUACUCGCCCGCCGGCGUCGUCGUGCGCCUCAGGACCCUGCCCGACCCGGUCUAGUCGCGCACGCCCCCUCGCGGACGGCGGCGGCUAAAAGGCGCUCGACCAGCUCCUGGCGUAUACUAUACGAAAUACACUAGUUUCUCAUCAAUGACUUCAAUUCAGUCAUAUAGCAUUAAAAUUAAUACUUUUAUUACCAUUUGCUACGUGCAGUUUUUAAAUUAAAACCUUUUGCUGGUUUUCCAGAGUCCUGUUUUCUCAACACAUGAUUCUACUCUGUUCACAUACGAAAUAUUUUAGUUUUGGCCUAGCCUUGAUACCUGUGAAUUACGUUUGCCCUGAUGGAACAAUUUCUUUAUUUGUAUUCUCAUGGUCAUCACUCUCGUUGUCUUUCUCUCUGAAAGACCCUUUUACACCAAUCACGAUUUCUAGCCAGGUGAUAAUUACUUAUUAUAUUCUUGAGUUCCAGUCGGAGUCUUCUCGCUCGACAAACUUGCCAUAGAUCAGCUGAAACAAUAUCCUCA